AUGGCACGCAAGUACGCCUCGCACACCACCACUGAGCGCCGCGGCCUGUUCCGCAGGAAGGUCCACCACCAGAAGCGCCACGCCACCCUGGGUGACAAGAUCGCCGGCGGGCUCAAGAAGCUCAAGGGCACUCUGACGAGGAACCCCGCCGUCAAGGCUGCUGGCACGCGUCGCAUGCACGGUACCGAUGGUCGGGGUAGCCACCGCCACUAG